CUGAUAACACGAUGCACUUCUCCUUCUCCUUCCAAUUACCAAUACUCUUUACAAUUUCAAGUCUUGCCAUUCUCUCCAACCCUCGGGUGACCGCCAUUGAAGAUCUCAACUUGGUAGAGAGAGAGGGAAUGGAUCUGAGCGAAUUGAGAAAAACAGUGGAGGAGAUGGAAGUGGUGGAUGGUCACUCACACAACAUAGUUGCCUUUUACUCAAACUCCAUCUCCAGCGGUUUUGUCCAGGCCUUCACUGUGGGAGCCUCUGCUGAUCCUGAUGCCGCUGCUUUUGCUCAAACUACUCUGUCAUUCAAGAGAGGUUUAAGAGAUGUUGCUGAGCUGUACGGAACGGAGGUAUCUUUGCAAAGCGUAGAAGAAUACCGCAAGGUGUCUGGAAUAGAAUCCAUCACCUCAACAUGCUUAAAAACUGCAAAAUUCUCUGCCAUACUAAUAGAUGAUGGCAUAGAAAUGGACAAAAGGAAUGAAAUACAAUGGCUCAAGAAUUUUACACCUUUGGUCGGCAGAAUCUUAAGAACCGAGCGAGUGGCCGAGCAAAUCCUUGAACAAGGUUUGUCUAAUGGAUCUUCAUGGACAAUCGAUUCAUUUACCGAAGCAUAUGUCUCAAAGUUGAGAUCAGUUGCUAAAGAGAUAUAUGCCUUGAAAAGCAUAGUUGCAUAUUACGGUGGCUUAGAAAUCAAUUUAAAAGUAACUAAAACGGAAGCUGAAGAGAGUCUGAGACAGGUGUUAAUAAACGCUACGAAGCCUAUCUAUUUACUGUUUCACAGAAAUCUUGUGGACUAUCUCUUCUUGCAAAGUUUGGAAAUUGCUCUAUCUUACGACUUGCCAAUGCAGAUACACACAGGGUUUGGGGAUAGGCUUUUGGAUUUGAGGAAGUCCAAUCCUCUUCAUUUCCGUUCAGUUCUUGAGGACAAGAGAUAUUCAAAGUGUCGAUUUGUUUUCUUACAUGCCUCCCAUCCAUUCUCAAAGGAAGCAUCAUAUCUAGCUUCUGUUUACUCCCAGGUUUACCUUGAUUUUGGGUUGGCAAUUCCAAAGCUUAGUAUGCAUGGGAUGAUUUCAGCAGUUAAAGAUCUAUUAACUCUGGCUCCAAUAAAUAAGGUGAUGUUCAGCACUGACGCCUAUACAUUUCCUGAAACCUUCUACUUAGGUGCAAAGAAUUCUCGCGAAGUUGUUUUCUCUGUUCUACGCGAUGCAUGCAACGAUGGUGAGCUUCUAAUUUCGGAGGCUGUGGAAGCUGCAAAAGACAUACUUGCUCGAAAUGCAAUCCGCUUCUAUAAGAUUAAUUCAACCAACAUCACUGUUCCUUAGUCAAGGAAGCUCCAACGCUUCAAAAACUAGUCGUGUUCGACACUUUGAAUGUCUCUACCUGCAUUCUUUAAUAAAUUAAACAAUUUGUUUUCUUAUUAUCUCCAGUAUGAUUUAUACUCUGAUUAAAAAAAAAUUA